UUUACAUUUCCAGAUGAAUGCCUUAAAAGAGUCAUUACGAAAUUCUGCACAGACGAUCUCCCUGUUCCAAAUAUUGUUCAUUAUAUAUGGAUUGGAAAGCAGGAAUUUGAGUUCAUUUAUUUUGUUAGUCUCUAUAGCACACACAAAAACCAAAAGCCCUGUCUAUUUUUUCUUUAUUAUGAUGUUUUACCUUCUGGAAAAUGGUGGGGUAUACUUUCAAAAAUUGUAAGAAAUAUUGUAUAUGUAAAAAUAACACCACCCACCGAAAUUUCAGGAAAGAAGAUCAAAUGGGUGCAGCACAAGUCCGAUAUCUUGAGACUCAGAAUAUUAAAAGAAUAUGGUGGCAUAUACUUUGACACGGACCAAUAUGUUCUUAGAUCGCUAAAUGAAUUCAGAAAUAAGGAUUGUCCCUUAGGAAUGGCGCAAGAUGAUGCAAUGGCAAGUGCGUUGUUAAUUGCAGCUAAGAAUGCCACAUUUAUUAAUCUAUGGAUUGAUAGUUACAACUCCUACGAUCCAAACCACUGGGGCGGAAACUCAGUAGUUAUGGCAAGAAAACUCUCCUUAAGAUAUCCACAAUAUGUUCGUGUGUUUGAGCAUCACUGUCUUUUCUCUAUACAUGAUAAGUUUUUUUAUGACCAUAACCAGAACUACAAAUGGUCCCACAGUUAUGGGCUUCAUCUUUAUGGUAAAAGAGAGCGGUGGAAGGAAGUCCAAAAAUGGAAUUUAUUAACUAUAAGAAAAUUAAACAAUACGAUUGGUGCAGUUUUCAGAUAUAUCCUCUUUGGAAAUAAAGAAUUGUGUAAUUAGUCUAUCGAAACAAAAAUCAGUUUCCGUUUGAUUAGCUAACUUCUUA